AUGACGCUUUCCUGCGUCUUGCACUUUAUGGUCAGCGUCAACGAAGUCAGCUUUAUGGGCUCCGCCCGUACCGCGCAGCUCUUCGAGAGCGGCCGCCCUUACUGGCACUACGCAGAGACUAUCAAUGGGAUCGCCGCUCGCAAGCCCAUCCUCAAAAGGAUCGAGGAGCCCAAGACGAGGAUGAGGAUGGCCCGCCAUCAGGCGGCACGCGUGGAGCAGAUGGACCUGGUUCAGCUGGUGGCCCUCUCCUUUGCAGACUUGGAGCCUCACGAGAAGCUUUGGCCAGGGGGAGCAACUCACUUGCUCUCCCUGACUGAGAACAGCGAGUUGGUCAGAAGACGUGGAAGAUGGGCCUCCCAUCGUGUGAUGGAGAUUUAUAUCCAGGAGGUGACGGCUUGUACGUUUUUUCCUUCCCUGCCCUUGGCGACGCGGCAACGAGUACUUCUGCUGGCACAAGCUUUUACAGCAACCUUGGGACAGGCAGCACAGUGGAAAAGGCAACAGGUUCCGCCUACCUCCUGGUACGCUCUCUUCUCUGCCGGCUAG